UAGAACCAUCAUCUGCAGAUAUUACUUUCUUGUCCUUAUGGUGCCCCACAAACCUUCAAUUCUCUUCACCAGGACCCCAACAUAUUCAAAUCUCAAAUAAUGAAUUCCAUCUUACUUGGAGGCAUAAUAAAAUUGCUUUUCCAAGCUCUUUGAUCGGAUGAUCACACCCUUUACAUCCAUGGCCCAUACUGAUUUGUCCUUAGAGCAACCUACAAAUCCUAAUUUCUAGGAGUUUAUGUUUUAUAUUGCUCUCUUAUGAUUAUCCCUUGUUUAAUCUGGUCUAUGAUCGAGCUCAAUGGCGUAGUGUGAUCCAUAUAACCGACCUCACUUAGUGGGAUAGGGCUUUUGUUGUUGUUGUUGUAUCAGGGUCCCCAUGCCACUAUGUCAGUGUUCCAUUUGAUAUAUGGCAUCUGGGUCCUAUUCCCUGUGAGCUUAUGUGCAGCUGUGGAUUGUGCUUCAUGCUGUCCAUAUCAUUUUUUCCAACAAAGGAAUCAGAGAUUUGAGCAGAAAACUGAUAGGUUUUGGAAAUUCAGUGAACAAGAUGAGAGAUGGGUUGAAGUGAAACUUCCUUGUGAUCUGGUGAAUUGUGUUACUAGUGAAGGUAGUAAAGUGAACACCAGAGAGGAAAGCUUGGACCAAGAACAUGAAUUGGAUGAGAAAAUCAAUAAGGAUGGUAAAAUAGGAGUGGAGGAGGAGGAGCACUUGGAUGUGGUUCUACCUCUAAGAAAGAGAAUUUCCUUGACCAAAAUGUCUGAGACAUCUAUCUGGGUCACUGGUGAAAGUGGGUCUAUCUAUGAGAGGUUUUGGAAUGGACUAGAAUGGGUGAUUGCCCCUCAUGACUUACCAAUAUCAGAAGGAAGAGCAAUUGCAGUUUUCAUCAUCAAUCAGAUCAUUCUUGCUCUAUCUGAAACAGGAAAUCUGUAUCAGAUGCAUGUGCAGCUUGGUGAAACCUCACAAGCAGUUUGGGUUGAAUUCACACCUAGACUCCAUCAAAUCUCAGAUAAUGAUCAGGAGAAAAAUUCUUUGAUACUAAUGAAGUCAGGCAUUGUGUCAGAUGAUGGCAAGAGAGCUUAUUUCUGUACAAAGAAUGGGACACUGGUAGAACUUGCUGUGGUUGAGCCUCCAAGAUGGACAAAUCAUGGCCAACCAGCUGGAGCAAAUGUAGCAGCAAUAGCUGAUGUUGCUUCUACAAGAGAAGUAGUAUACACCAUAAGUUCUGCUGGGGAUCUUUAUGAAUAUGAUGGAAAAUCAAAACCAUCAUGGAAGAAGCACAUAUGGCAAGAAAAAGUGGCACAUGCCCCUUUGGUACCAUCUAAAGGGUGCACUUUACAUGGAUUAAGUGGUGAUCAUUUGGAAUCUCUGUUUCUUUUAACCAAGGAAGGAGCUUUGGUGGAGAGAAGAUUGCAUCAAAGGAAGUGGAAAUGGGUAGUCCAUGGCAGGCCCCAACAUCAAACUUUGACCUCUAUUACACCAGCUUUGCUAGAUGAAUCAAGUGAAAGUUUCAUUUCUUUAUUCUUCACUACUUCAUCUGGAUCUGUUUUUGAAUAUCAUAUACCAAAACAAUCUGGAGGUACAAUUCAAAACAAUCAAACUCCAGGAGCAUGGGGAAGUCAUCAGCACCCCUUACACGCGAAAGCAGCUAGAGGGAAACCUGGCUUACCAUUACAAGUUGGUAGGAUACUGUUUGCACUAGAUGAUGGUAGACUUGCAGAGUUACAUCUAGUAGGACUAGGAGGUGAAAGUUCAGGACCAGUCCCACCACAAAACUUUAGAAGGAAGGCAUCAAUGAAGUAUGUUUGGUCCAUAUUAGAUGCCCCAGAGAGUGAAGGGUGGAAUGCAGAAUAUUGCACAGAAGAACGCGGCCCCCGGAAUUGUAUGACAGGUAUAAAAGAUGAGUCAAAGGAUUCAGGAAUGAGUUCUGUAACAGGUAGAAGAAAACAAAGCCAAGAACAUCAUUACUACUUAUCUCUCGGCAAAGGCAGUGAACUAAUAAAUUCUGCUGAAGAAAACAAUCUGCCGGAUGAUUGGAUUAGUUGUAACUUUCGCUUGCGUUUGAUGUAUGAAGGAAAGUCAUUUUUCUUAGUAACAAGUGAUGGUUUGAUUUUUGAACAUGUUUGCAUUGAGAGUGUAUGGGUAUGGCUGAAGCAUGAUAGCUCUACAACUAUGAAUGGUGUUGUUGGGAGCUAUAAUGGGAGUUUAUUCAUGGUUGAUACAUUUGGGAGUGUGCUUCUUAGAGAAUGGAGUGGCCAUGAUAUAGCAUGGAGGAAUUGCACUGCUAUGAGAAAAGGAAGAAAUGUUGUUGGAGGUCAACCAUGGGAUAGAUUACCAGGUACUGCUAGGAGGGUUACAAGUACAACUGAUGAUUCACUCUUCUUUGUGAGCAAAAGUGGAAGAUUACUGCAAUUCAUGGUUUACAUGAAGAAAUUUAAAUGGAAGGACUGUGGAAACCCUCCCAAUGUUAAAGUUGCAUGCAUUGUUGACCAGGAAUUGUUCAGGGAGAAUAUAGUCUUUGUCACUGGAAGAAAUGGUCGCCUAUACCAGUACAACAAAGUGACUAAUUUGUGGCAUGAGCAUGAAAAAUCUCAGCAUUUGGUUCUAUCACAGUUUCCUGGAACAGUUAUAAGACCAUUGUCAAAAGCACUCUCUGGCUCUCUCUUCAUGCUUUCAAGAGAAGGUAGUCUUAUUGAGUACCACUGGAAUACAUGGUAUGGAUCAUGGAACUGGGUGGAACAUGGAACUCCCUAUAGAGGUGUAGCACUGGUUGGUUCACCUGGUCCUAACUUUGGAGGGAAUCAACUACUUUUGAUUGGUUCAGAUGGAAAAGUGUACCUAAGAUACAUGGACAAAAAUGCAUGGAAGUGGAAGGAUUGUGGUUUCCCCUCUAUGGGAAACGAAAUGGUUGAAUCAGAUAGAGAAAGAGGAUUCACUGAGGAGAAAGGAGGUUGGGUUGGCGCAGAUUUUGCAUCUGGGUUGAAAAAGGACCAGGAAAACCUUGCCGAACUAGUCUUUAAAUGUGACCCUAAGGUGGCAUCUACAAGACCAAUUCCAUUUUCUGAGGAUUCUGCCAUAUUUGAGCUCAGAGAUGGCAGGUUGGCAGAAAUAAAACUCAUAGAGGAGACAAAAUGGGUCUGGUCACGGAUCAUUGGCACUCCAAACAGUUUAUGCUUAGAGAAUUAUUGGAUUACAGUAGCAGCAGCAUCUUCAUAAGAUUGUCUACAACCUCUCAUAUGAGAAUGAUUAGCCAGUAGCACUUGAUGUACAUUGUAGUGACAUUAUUAUGCUAACAAAGAAGAAAGAAAGGAAGGUCCAAGUUACCAACUCCAAGCUUAUCUCCUUCAGAAUCUGUGGAGCAUUUGUGGAGAAGCUAUGUCUUGUAGCUUAUAAAAUCAAGUGAUUCUGCCACAUUCUAACGCAAAACCAAACAAACACGAAAUUGACAAAUGACAAUGUUUAGGUAAGCCUUGAGGAGAUGAGUUGUGUAUUUACUUGUAACAUAGAUGUAAAUAAUAUAAAAACAGGUUGAGGCUGUGGGCUACAGCAUCACAGCAUGAACGAGAUUAUGCCUCAGAUAAUUCCUUUAUAGUGUAGAUAAGCCCUUUAUAGUGUAGAUAAUAAGGUUCACUACUUUAGUCUUUAUUUUGUUUUUUUAGUAAUUAGCUUUACCAAUUUACCUUUUCUAGACAAUAAGGAUGUUAUGGCUUUCCAUCAUAAUCUUUUCUUUAUUUCUA